AUGAAAGAGAGCGCCCAGCAAGUCUUCGACGGCUGGGGCAGCAAAAAGAGGAUGUCCACUGUUAUGGCAGCCAUGGAGGAGUUGCCCAAGCGAGUCGGUGAAGACAUGCACAAGCUGGUCAGUCAUGUGGUGGACUCCGUUCAGAAUGAGAUCAACGAGGUCAGCGCGGUGAUUCGUGAUGAGUCAGAUGACAGGAUAACCGGGACGACCAAGGUCGUGAAGCAUUUGGAGGUCAUCCCAACCAUGGUGGUCAAUCUCCUUGAGUCCCGCGUGGAGAAGGCCAAAGCCGAGGUCCGCAAGAAGGUGGGCGGCAUGAUCCUGCAGUUGAGCGCUAUCCAGGAGACCAACGAGAAUGAUGAGGAGCUGGCCGAACAGAUGCAGAACAUGUCUUCAGAGCUGGCGCAAAUUGCCGGGGCCGCCGUGGAGGCAGCAACACAGGAAUGCCGUGCUCAUGCUACCCAGCAGCUGGACAUAGUUCUCGCCAACUUGGUGGAAAGCAACGCCGGAAAUGAAACGAAGGUGGACACAAAGUGGCGAAAAGUCUGCGAAAUCCGUAAUGCCGUGGAAGAAGAUCUGCUGAUACAGAAACCCUUGGCUGAGGGCUUUCCAUCGGUGCAAUCAAGUGCCAUGGAGAAUGCCGUCGCGGUGAUCAAGGACAAAGACUUCAUGCCUGACAGCGUCACAAACGAGAUCGUUGCGGACCAGCUCUUGCGAGCGAAGGUGCGCAGCCGCGGUGACGUGCAACCGCCCGGCUCCGUGAUGAGCAGCGGCACGGAGGCCGUGCAGAUGGCGGCCGCAGCCAUGAACCCAGGAAGCUUGGGGCACCCAGAACUGUGUCCACGGCCAUGCAUCUACUUCCGUUCUGGAAGUUGCGCCUCAGGCGCCAAGUGCGGCUUCUGUCACAUGCCUCAUUCCAGGCGCCCGCUCAGACUGGACAAGCGCCACAGAGAGAGCUUGCGCCGAAUGCGUUUCAAGCAGGUGCUCAAGGGCCUCGCCCCCAUCAUCCGUGCAAAGAUCAUGGCGAUUGCAGUCCCGUCUGUGGUGUUGGGCGCUUUGUGCGAAUCCCCACCAGAGGAAGGUGAGGAAGGCCCGCCGCAGAGCAUGGUGGGCCACAAAGCGCCCAACAACGAAGUUGUGGCAGAUGGCCAUUGCUUUCCGACCGAAUCGGCGCAACGCCUGGCGCCAACACUGCCGCCAAGCACCAUGGACAGACUGGACCAGAUGAGGCGUGAUGCGCUGCAGCUGCUGGAAGUGCUCUCCAGCCAGCCACUGCAGCCUGACCCAGGUGCGGCAGGUGCAUCGGCAAUCCCAUCCAGUGCCAGCCGCCGCCAGUCCGGGCUGUCCACUUCGGCUGCCAGCUCGGCCAGCAGUGCGUCGGAUGCAGGGCAGGAGAGCUACAAGGCAUGGUUUCGCGGCCUUUCCUUCAUGAACCUGCGGUCACUGAUGGUGAUGCUACAGCGGAUUGCUCGUGAUUCCGGGACCAAGACCGAGUGCGAACUCGUCGAACAAAUCCUGCGCAGGAUCCACUCCGCACUGGGUCUCGCAAUGCCAGAGUUUCAAGAAGAGGAGUUAGACCUGGAUGAGACGGCCCCGGCAUCGGAGCCCAACCUCAGAAACGAGCUGCGGGGCCAGCUAUCCAAGCGUGACAUUGUCAGUCACACUCCAAAGGACAUCUGCAAGCAGCUGCCAGGAUGCCAGUUCAAGUCAGGUAAAAUGCAUCUCGAGCUUUCGCAGCUGAUGUUUGCAUGA